AUGAGUGGGAACUCUAGUCUACGAGAACAAAGCUCGACGCAGACUAUCCGCGAGCAGCCCGACUCUCAGUUGCCAACUGUUGUCUCCGCGAAGGCCGAAUAUGAUGAGCGGUCUCCGUCGGUAGUAGAUGAAUCAGGGUGGUCCUGGUCCAACCGACCCAUCGGGUUCUGGAUGGUCAUAGCUGCAACUAUGACAAGUGACUUUCUAUCUGCGAUGGACUUAACCGCCAUCUCUACUGCACUACCGACGAUCGUUGAAGACCUGGGUGGCUCCGACUUCAUUUGGCCAGGCAGCGCGUACACCCUUGCUGGCGUGGCUCUGGUUCCUGUUUGUGGUGGACUGGUAUCCAUCUUCGGAAGGAAACCGGUUCUACUCAUCUGUAUCGCGUUGUUUGCGUUGGGCUCAGCUCUUGCUGGUGCAGCACAAACCCUCAACAUGCUCAUUGCCGCGCGAGCCAUCCAAGGCUUUGCGUCGGGCGGGUGCAUUGCCACGACCGAGAUCAUCUACGCCGAUCUUGUGCCUCUCCCUCAGCGUGGCGUAGUUCUCGGUAUAGUCGCUGUCAUGUGGGCUGUGGCAUCCGCAAUCGGUCCGACAGUAGGCGGCGUGCUUGCUAACGCGGGAGCCUGGAGAUGGCUCUUCUACUUGAAUCUCCCCGUCUCUGGUAUAGCGCUGGUCCUUGUGAUGGUGUUUCUCAAGGUCAGGGCGCCACAGUCUACGUUCAGUGAGAAGAUGCGGCGGAUUGACUGGAUCGGAAGUAUCGUUGUCGUCGGAGGAUCAACGUCUCUCACGCUAGGACUCACAUGGGGAGGCGUGCAGUUUGCGUGGUCAUCUUACCAGACCUUACUUCCAAUCGUCCUUGGAUGCUGUGCAUUAUUCGCAUUCCCUUUCAUAGAGAAGUACUGGAGUGCUGAGCCUACCAUCCCAUGGGACGUAGUAGCCAAUCUAACGUCGCUUAGCGGCUAUCUCGGAACACUCGUGCACAGCAUCGUCGCUUUUGCUGCGAUAUACUACCUUCCCGUCUACUUUCAGGCCGUCCUCGGCGCAUCUCCGAUCCGCUCUGGCGUCGAUCUGCUCGGCCUUGCUAUGUUCAUCACGCCCUCAGCUAUGGUGUGCGGCGCCUCCGUUCAGGUCUUUCGGCGGUACCGACCGCAGAACAUCAUCGGAUGGAUCCUCAUCAUCGUGGGCUUUGGUAUCCUCACUCUCUUGGAUCGUACGAGCGACACGGCGCGUUACAUCGGCUGUCAGAUUGUGCUUGGCAUCGGUUUGGGCAUCAUGUGGGUCGCGACGUCGUUCCCGAUCCUAGCCCCGCUACCGUACUCGAACAAUGCGCAUGCUCUGGCGUUCUACGCGUUCUGCAGGAAUCUGUCCCAGACUUGGGGUAUCGCCAUCGGCGGUGCCGUCUUGCAGAAUCAACUCUCGAAGCAACUUCCCGAGCAAUACCGGUCGACGCUCGCGAAAGGCACCUCGAUCGCAUAUGCCGCCAUCCCGCUACUGCCGACCAUCCCGGAGCCUCUCCAGACAGAGGUCCGUGACGCCUUUGCGCGCAGCCUCGUCGUCCUCUGGGAGGUCAUGAUCGGCAUUUCCGGUCUUGGGCUACUCACUGUCAUCAUCAUGAAAGAAAUUGAGAUGCGCACGGACGUCGAUCAGCAGUGGGGCAUCGAGAAGGAGAAGGUUCGACCGGCGUCGUCCGUUGUUACUGAGGCCUGA